CAUAGACGGAUUAUAAAGCGGCAGUAAACGAUUCCGGAGUAACUUUACUGUCUCCGUCGGUCCGUCCGUUCUUUUCAUUUCUUUUCUUCUUUUUUUAGCGCAGCUCCUCAGUCAGCACCUGAUUGCCUCCUCAGCAUCUUCAGGCUUUCAGCAUCAAAAAGGAUCUGCACACGGUCAACAAACAAUGACUGAACCGUGGCCGUUUGACUUUUAUUUGAAGAUGGACACAGCCUCUGAUAUCGGCAAUGUUCCAAUCCAAACAGAUCUGAUUGCAGUCACAUUAAAGUCUAAUGGUGUGAGGGGAAGUAAGAGUGAGAGCAAGGAGGAGGAAGGUCUGCGUGACGUUGACUUUCCUUGAAGGUGAGAAAGUCUAUUAACAGCUGGUGGAGGAUUAUCAGGUUCAGACCGCCACUCCCUGGAGGACAAAAUGUACACACAUUUCAUAAAGACUACACUUGGACCAGUGAUGAACAGCAAGCUGAUUCAUAAGAUCUAGUAAAAGAUGGGAGAACAUGACUGGCUUCCCCAAAUUUUUAUUCACUUCCACAAGAGGAUGUGAUGUUUUACCUGCUUUGAUUCUGAUUUUGAUGGUCUGCAUUUUACUAAGUAGUGUCUAUAAAUGGAUUUUAUUCAGGACUAAGGAUGUUUUAGGAUUAUUUUAUGCAGAUCUUCUACUCUCUAACAUUUUUGACAACUUCAAACCAUGAUCCACUCUUAGGGUCAUGACAGAGGACCGACAUAGGACUUUGGAGACAGAAACUGAUUUAAGAGGGGAAAACUUCCUGGAUUACCUAUGCGGUGACCCACCUUUUUGACCCUGAAUGCGGGAUGCAAAGCUUUUCCAAGGAACAUUAAGCUUUUGAUACGUCUCUGCUGCCCCUCCUGGUUUUGUUGGGAGUGCAGCAUGGAUCUGUCCCAGGACCAGCAGUCUAGCUGGAGCCCAGUCCAACCCAGCUUCUCUCCCUUUCUGCAGUACGACAGCUCUCAGGAAAACUUCAACAACACAAACAACCUCAACAGCACUGUUGUGCCGUCCUCCACUUUCAGCUCACCAACUACCUCCAUCCACCAACCCCUGCCCUCUCUGCUGCCCUCCUCCCUCCUCCCUCCCUCCUCCCUUAUCUCCUCCCCUUUAUUCUCCACCUCAACCCUAUCAUUUCAGCAAAUAUCCACUUUUGUUUACCAACCCUCUGCUUCAUCCUUCCCUUUCUCCCUAUCUAGCUUUUCUCCCAAUGACUUAGCCAACCUGGAGAAAAUGCUGCUCUGGACCCUUCAUGAGCCCAGUACCAUCGCUCUCACAAUCAUGUACUGUCUUUCUUUUUUUUUGGGAUUUGUCGGGAAUUUAAUGUCACUGCGCGUCCUCACCAACAGACGCAGCCGGCGGCUAGCCGGUGUCAGUGCAACCCGUAAUCUUCUUGUGAACCUCGCGUUGUGUGACCUGGCUGUGGUGUGUGUGUGCAUGCCUAUCACCCUGGGAAACCAGAUCUACACCGCCUGGGUGUACGGGGACCUUCUGUGUCGAGCUGUGCCAUUCACACAGGCUGUUUCAGUCUCAGCCAGUGUUUUAACCCUGACGGUGAUCAGUGUGAAUCGCUACUACAGUGUUCGAUCACCACUGAGAGCUCGAUCCAUGUUCACCCGCCAUCGAAUCUUGGCGACCGUGGCUGUGGUC